GUAUCUGUGGCAUGCAGUGCUCUGACAGCAUACCUUCAGCUCAGACAGGUGUUGGUUCCCACAGAGAGCGGUCAGGGGAGUUUGACAGGUGUAGACUCAACCCACUUCUUCUCUUUCUCUUUCUUUUACUCUGUACUUCUGUGUUAGUCUCACUCGUACAGGUGAUGUGAGAGGCAUUUCGGUUAGAGGGUUUAGAGGACCCUCAGGAUUUCUGUUAAAGCUCUGAGUGUCAUGCAGAGGAGGUUUGUUUGAGCUAAGACGUCAUGACCUGGACAAACCCCCUUACCCUUCUUCGGCACGGCUGGACGAGGCACUGGAACCCGGACAGACCCGUCAGGACGGUGGUCUCCAACCUGCCCUUCGAAGAUCUGAAGAAACGUGAGCAGCCCAACCGUCGGUACGAGGGCAACGCCAUCAGAACCAACAAAUACAGACUGUGGUCUUUCAUCCCCAUGAACUUAUUCGAGCAGUUCCACCGUAUGGCCAACAUUUACUUCGUGGGCCUGGCCAUCUUGAAUUUCGUCCCGGUGGUGAACGCGUUCCAGCCGGAGGUGGCUCUCAUUCCCAUAUGUAUAAUCCUGGCACUGACCGCUGUCAAGGAUGGAUGGGAGGACUUCCGGAGAUACCAGACUGACCAACAGCUCAACAAUACACCCUGCUUCAUAUUCAGCAGGAAGCAGAUGUGUUUCGUGGAGAGGAGAUGGAAGGAUGUCCGAGUGGGGGAUUUUGUGAGAGUGCUCUCUAACGAGAUCAUCCCAGCUGACAUCCUGCUCCUGCACACAUCCGACCCCAACGGAGUGUGUCACAUGGAAACAGCCAAUCUGGACGGAGAGACCAGCCUCAAACAGAGGAAGGUGGUGCCAGGCUUUUCUUCUCUGGGUGAACCAUUUCAACCUCAAACAUUUGACAGUACUGUAGUGUGUGAAAACCCCAACAACAACCUCAACCUGUUCAAAGGUUACGUGGAGAGGCCUGAUAAGAGGAGAACGGGUUUGGGAAUGGGUUUUCUUCUUCUGUGGUGUUUUUAUGAAAUGGCCGUUGCUAUUUUACAAAUGUUCUUGUUUUUACGCCAUGAUUUAUUCAUUGCAGGACACGAGACCAAAUCCAUGUUAAAUAACAGCGGGCCCAGGUACAAACGCAGCAAGAUCGAGAGGAAGAUGAAUACGGAUGUGCUCUUCUGCGUGGUUCUUCUAUUUUUCAUGUGUCUCAUCGGAGCCCUGGGCCACGCGAUCUGGUUGGAAACUUUUUCCAGCAUGCCCUCAUACAUCGUCCCUGACAGUAAUGGCAAUUAUACUCCUUCAGUCCUCGCGGGAUUUUACAUGUUCUUCACCAUGAUCAUCUUACUACAGGUAAUGAUCCCUGUUUCACUGUACGUGUCCAUUGAGCUGGUGAAGAUGGGGCAGAUCUUCUUCAUCACUCAGGAUGUGGAGCUGUACGAUGAAGAGCUGGACCGUCGGGUCCAGUGUCGUGCUUUGAACAUCACAGAGGACUUGGGACAGAUCCAGUAUGUCUUCUCAGAUAAGACAGGGACGCUCACAGAAAACAAGAUGGUGUUCAGACGCUGCUCCGUCAUGGGGACGGAGUACUGUCACGAGGAGAACGCUGCUCGUUUGGCGGUCAUCAGUGGAGCAAAUGAAGAGGAGGAGGUCACCAUCUACCAGCAGACAAAGCUUCCUCCGCUCUUCCCUCUGGAAGAAUUACAGGACGUCCACACAGGAGACAAAAAUCACGCCAACACUCAAGUCACAGCUGCCAGUCGGCGCAGAUCAAAAGUGGCAGCAGAAGCCCAAAGUGACAUGGCCUUCAGCAGUCCUCUGGAAACAGUGGUGGUUCCAGACAGGAAGCUGAUUCUGGAGGUGGACCGUCAGAUGGCGAGCAUCCAGACCGGGCCUUACCUGGACUUUUUUCUGGCUUUGGCCAUCUGCAACACAGUGCUGGUUUCCUCAGUGACGGCCCAAAGACAGAGGGUCAAGGGGCGCCGUAGCUCCUCGUACUCAGGAGGUUCGUUUCAUAACAUGCGGCAGUGGUUCAGAAAGUGUGGUCUGGGAAAAGUUUUCACCUCCAUGAAGUUCUUCAAGAGAGGAGGAGAGACACUCGCAGAUCCAUUCUCCAUCGAUGAAGACGAGUCCGACGGGUUUCACAGCUCCGAUGUCUCAGACGCCGCGGGGCAGAAGGUCAUUUCCAGUGAACGCAAGGUUAAAAGCGGUCUGUCUGGAUCAGAGGAGGUGUGUUACGAGGCCCACAGCCCAGAUGAGGCCGCUCUGAUACACGCAGCAAAGGCUUAUGGGUUCACCAUGAUGGAGCGCACUCCUCAUUAUGUGACUGUCAAGCUGCCCGAUGAAGCGCUGCUGAAGUUUGAGGUGCUGGACAUCCUGACCUUCGACUCCACGAGGAGGAGGAUGUCCAUCAUAGUGCGACAUCCACACACUAAAGAAAUCAUCAUGUACACGAAAGGAGCUGAUUCUGCCAUCAUGGAGAGACUGGGAAAUGUUUUUUCAGAUAUGUCACAAGUGAAUAGUGAGGCCAAGCAAACUGCUGUAAAAACUCAAAGAGACCUUGACAUGUACGCCAGGAAUGGAUUACGGACGCUCUGCUUUGCCAAAAAGGUCAUCAGUGAGCAGGAGUUCAGGGCCUGGUCUGCGGUCAGACAGGAGGCGCUGUCAGCUAUAGAAGAGAAAGAGGAGCGUCUCAUGGAAACCGCAAACUUCAUCGAGAGCAGCUUCACUCUGCUGGGGGCCACCGGCAUCGAGGACCGUCUCCAGGAAAGUGUCCCAGAAACCAUCCAGGCUCUGAGACGGGCCGGCAUGCAGGUGUGGGUGCUGACAGGGGACAAACCCGAGACGGCCAUCAACAUCGCAUACUCCUGCAAGCUGCUGGAGCACGAGGACCUGGUGUUCACCUUCAGCACCAACAGGAAGUCUUUGUGUAAAAUGAGGUUGGAAGACACACUGGGAGAGCUGCGACGGAGCAUGCUGCCGCCCGGAGCGGACCAUCAGUUCAGGGGCUAUAGCUCAGCGUUUACCGGCCCGCUGAUGGAGCCCAGCAUCGGGCUGGUGAUAGACGGGCCGACUCUGAGCAUGGCCAUGUCGGACGAGCUGGUGGAGCUGUUUGUGGAGCUCUGCAAACACUGCCGUGCGGUGCUCUGCUGUCGAGUGACGCCGCUGCAGAAGAGCGCCGUGGUUAAACUCAUUCGGCAGAAACUGAGGGUCAUGACCCUCGCCGUAGGUGACGGAGCCAACGAUGUGAACAUGAUUCAAGCUGCAGACGUCGGCAUUGGAGUUUCUGGACAGGAGGGGAUGCAGGCUGUCAUGGCCAGUGAUUUUGCCAUCACACGCUUCAAACACCUGCAAAGACUGCUGCUGGUUCACGGACACUGGUGCUACUCCAGACUGGCCAACAUGGUCAUCUAUUUCUUCUACAAGAAUGUGGCGUACGUGAAUCUGCUGUUCUGGUAUCAGUUCUUCUGCGGCUUCUCCGCCACAGCCAUGAUCGACUACUGGCUCAUGAUAUUUUUCAACCUGUUCUUCACCUCUGCUCCUCCCAUCAUGUUUGGGAUCAUGGAGAAAGAGGUGUCAGACUCCACGUUACUGAGCCUGCCUGAGCUCUAUAAGAGAGGACAGCACUCGGAGGGCUACAGGCGUUCGACAUUUUGGAUUGCGAUUCUCGAUGCUUUCUAUCAGAGUCUCGUGUGCUUCUUUAUUCCAUACUGGACGUACAAUGGUUCAGACAUUGGCAUAUUCGCGUUCGGCACUCCCAUGAACACAGUGUCUCUGUUCACCAUCAUCCUGCAUCUGGCCAUUGAGAUCAAGAGCUGGACAGCGGUGCAUUGGGUGAUCAUGAUCGGCAGUGUGCUGGUGUACUUCAUCGUGACUCUGGCCUACAGCGCCAUCUGCAUCAGCUGCAACCCUCCGUCUGACCCCUACUGGAUCAUGCACAAACAAAUGGCUGACCCCAUGUUCUACCUCGUCUGCAUUUUAACAACAGUUGUUGCUUUACUACCAAGGUACACCUUGCAUGUCUUGAGGGGAACGCUGGCGCCCUCCCCUCACCUCCUCGCGCGGCAGCUCGAGCGGCUCUCCCCGUCCCAUCGGGAGCAGCGGAUCAGAGAGUGGCGUGGUCUCCGAGACACGUGCAUCUCUCCUUCUCCCAGCGCAUAAAGUACACACACAGCACAGUCCGGUGCGCCACACCUCCUCAUGCACCGAGAACGACGAUGCCACAAAACUUGAAUAUUGCCAACAAACCGAAACCCAUAUUUUUGUUUUGCACACAUGAGUGCUGGUUUGUGCAGUGCUCAUGCAUUUGACUUAAAGCCUGUGCGUUUCAAUUUCUAGACCCUUUUUGCUCUCAUAAACCGAGUUCACAGGUUUCCUGCCGCAUCUGUUGUGAACUCGGGUUUAAAGUGCACACUUGAUCAGUACAUGCGUGUCAUUUCUCCACGGCGUGAAUGUAAUGUGUUCGGUGGAUGCAGCUGAGCCUUUUCCCUUCUGUGCAACCUAAUUCCUGUUGUCAUGUGGACCACAUUUAUAUGCACUUGUGCUUUGAGCUGCUCAAGUAAUAAUUGAGGUUUGCAGAUGUUACAUAAUAUCUCGGCUCAUAUAUUCAGAGCUUGUUGUGCAUGCUGACAGAAAUGCAAGCGCCACAGUGAGAUUAAGGAGGCUGGAUCUUCUUCUUCUUAUUAUGAAUUCCUAAUAAAUUUAUUGGCUCAUAAUGCUUGUUGAUGUCUGUGUGUGUAACACUCUAAGGCGGAUCACACAGUCAUGCGCCGGUUUUUGAAUAUUUAAUUGCCCUGCUGACGUCUGGCUGACGUUCUUCACUCAUGAUGCGGUCAGUGAUGACCUCACGCUCAGACGGAUCACGGCUCGUCUCCGCAUCCUUCCAGCAUGUGUGCAACACACACCACAGUCGAGGCUCAGUAUGAAAAAGAGUGCCUUGUGUUGAUUCUGUUUGCAGAACCCAAGGUGGUUUUAUGUAACCAUGUCAGGCUGGUUUCUGACGCGACGCUUCUGCGAUCUAGUGGUGCUCUGAUAAACUGCAAACACAACCAUCCAUUUAGAGAGAGAGAGAGAAGACACAAGAUGGUUGGAGUCUGAAUGUCAGAACAGCAGAUGCUUUAAUAAACCCACAUGACACUGUUUUUAGGCAGGCACUUACUGUAAGGUUUCUUCAAGGGCAAAUACUGCAGGUUGUUAACCGAAUUAAACCGUUAAAUGAAACGACACAUUAAAAAUAUUUAUAAUAUAUGCACAUUAAUGUAUUUUUUAAUAUGCACAGAUUCGUAUAUUAAGUGAUAUAGACCCCCAAAUAAAUGCACUUUGUGUCAGAAGCAUAUUUAAAAUAAUAUUUGAUAAUACAUCUGUAUGUAAUAUGUAAAUGUAUGAGUUUGUAAUAAUAUUUUAUGUAUGUAAA